UUUGCUUUAUAAAGGGAAAGUGAAACUGUAGCUCAGUUGUUUAAUAGUUUUUGUUAACAAUGUACAGCUUUUGGUUCCUUCUCUGCGCUUUGUUGCUUUUACAGACCGCACAUGGUCAGCUGGCUAGUGAAUCGGAGGAGUUGGAAAUCGAAGGACGCACCAACUUCGAUGAUUAUCUGCGUGAAGUAAUGGAGUUUCUGCGCUUGCAAAUGCCUUGUGGCUAUGCGCCAGCAGGAAUUCCCCCACUAGUGCCUUUGUAUGCCCCCUAUAGAGAGGUAGAAUGGAUUACCAGCAAAUCGGAGAUUCGCGGCAACGUUACCGAGCUCACUGUCACCGGCCUCGAUGAAUUUGAUAUACGUGAACUCCAUUACAACAACUUACUUCGCAGAGUGCGUUACGAUUUGAAUUUCCCAGAGAUUCUCUUCACUGGUGACUAUAAAACUGAUAUUAUCACCAAGCUUUUCGGUCCCAAAGUGCACGUUUAUGGUGAUGGCGAACUGCAUUUGACUUUGAAGAAUUUGCGUAUCUAUGGUAGCUUCAUAGUGCGCCCUAAGGCCUCGGGCACAAUGAAAUUGACGAAAUUCAAAGCAACAACGGAACUUGGGGGUGUGGAAUCCGAAUUGACUGGAAUUAUGAAUAGCCCGACGAUGGCGAAAUUCUUCAAUGCUUGGAUUGAAGAGUUCAUAAAUCAGACAUUUAACGACAGUGAGAAGGAAGUUGACGCGGCUCUGCAACGUUGGUUCGUGCCACUGGCAACUAAAGCGCUGGAUGAAGUGUCAGUGAUUGGUUUAGUUGCCUUAAUGUUGGGCGUUAUUGAGGGUACACUACCGCAGGAGACUUUGUGUUAAAGAAGAAUUGGAAAUACUUGUUUUG